AAGUUUAUUCAACUAGAAUUAAAAAUAACAAAAAAUGUAAAGGCUGAAUUACAGACUUAUAAUGCGAAGAUCGUCUGUACAUGUGCCACUUCAUCUCUUCCUUCUUUCUUCGUUCCCUUUAAGUCGACCGACCCCAUCAGUCACAAUUUAUUUAUGUUUUCGGUUUAAUUUUAGUUUUAAUUUUUAAAUUUCGAAUUGGAAGCGCACUUGAAUGAUUUGGGAGCCCCAACCUCAUUUCCGCUUAAAACCAACAGCACAAAUUCCAAAAUUUUUUGCUCCUCACCUUCCUCAUCUCCGUCUCUGUCUCUGUCUCUCUCUCUCUCUCUCUCAACUGGAGUUUGAGGGGGAGUAGAAUGGUGGACUCAGCACCAGAAAACCCUAUUUUCUUCGCGCCUCCUCCGCCGUCGCCCGGAGAUCCUCCGCUGCCACUUCAGCUUCAAUCAGCUCCACUUUCUCCUCCUGCUCCUCCAACUGCUGGGCUGUCGUUCCCCAGACCGGCGAUCAGAGUAACCUCUGAGUUUGACAGCGACAGCUCCGUCUUCUUCCACAAAAUCUCCUGCAAGCUCUUCGACAGCCUCGCCAAGCUCAAGCUCAAGCUUUCCUUUCAGAAUAACGAUAAAGGUGAGGUAUUUGAGCCCCAGGUGGCCCUCAUCUCUAAGCACCUCUCACUUCACUACGACCUCCAAGACCACAACGCUCUUAUCAAAGGCUCCUUUGAGGUCGCUGAUACCUUGCACUUCAAAGCCGCUCACGAUGUUAAGUUACAACAAGGAGAGGUGGCAAUGGUUGCAAACCUUGCAGAUCCUGCCUAUAAAUUUGAACUAUCAUCUGCUGUUCCAGCAAUUGGUUUGCCGAGAGCAACAUUUAGAUUUCCCCUUGGUGAAGUUUCAUUGGAGGAGAAAGAGGAGGAGGAGGAGGAAGUUAAGAGAAUGUUGUCCAUAAAUGGGAUUGUUAAAAGUCAAAUUAUGAAUGGCAUGUGCACUGCUCAAUACAAGGAUGAAAAUUUAAAUCUAAGAUACUCUUACAAGGACAGGGAAAUGUCAUUCAUCCCAAGCAUUUCUUUGCCUUCUAAUUCCUUAUCAUUUGCAUUCAAGCGUCAAUUCAGCCCUUCAGACAAGUUGAGUUACUGGUACAAUUUCGAGUCCAACUACUGGAGUACUGUGUACAAACACACAGUUGGCAAGGACUAUAAAUUAAAACUUGGCUAUGAUUCAGAGGUGCGGCUUGGCUGGGCAUCUCUCUGGGUUGGAGAUGAAGAGGGCAAAGCUAAGAUGGCCCCUAUGAAGAUGAAAGUUCAGAUUAUGCUCCAAGUACCACAAGACGACAUUAGUUCGUCAGUUUUCAUGUUCCGCGUGAAAAAACGGUGGGAUAUAUGAUGUUUUGGCACGGGACAAACUCCUCGCUUGCACACGUUAAAUGUGGUUCUAAACUCCAGCAGUGGUGUUGGGACUUCAUGCCUGUUGCAAUGAUGGUACUGCCACACAAACUAUACGGUUAUGGUUAAUAAAUCCUCCCCCUCGACAACUUUGUUCAGUCUCUCAACAUGAUAUUUGAUGAACAUCUAUCAAAAGCCCAUUUUGUCUACUGUUUAGGUUGUUUGCCUGUUAUUGUAAAGCUCUAAAAUGAAGUGUUUAAAUCAAACAUGCAAGAGUUCAACAGAAGGUUUCUACAUUGAUUGCCAGCU